CUGAGUGAGUGACGCGCGGCGGCUGUUAGAACUUCAGAGACCCUCUUGUUCUUUCCUCAGCCUGGGAGGCGGGUUGGAGCGGUAUCCGGGCCGACCCCACCUCGGUGCUGUCCAGCAGCUGCGGGGAGGUUCUUCCCUGUGGCAACUCACAAUGAUGGAUCAAGCCAGAUCAGCAAUCUCUAACUUGUUUGGUGGAGAACCAUUGUCAUAUACCCGGUUUAGUCUGGCACGCCAAGUAGAUGGAGAUAAUAGUCAUGUCGAGAUGAAACUAGCUGUAGAUGAAGAAGAAAAUGCUGACAGUAAUAUGAGGGCCAGUGUCCCCAAAUCAAAAAGGUUUAACGGAAGUAUCUGCUAUGGGACUAUUGCUGUAAUCAUCUUUUUCUUGAUUGGAUUUAUGAUUGGUUAUCUCGGCUAUUGUAAACGAGUAGAACCAAAAACUGACUGUGGAAAAUCAGGAACAGGGGUGGAGGAAUCAGAAAACUCAGAAGCAGAAGAGGACUUCCAUGAAACACCUUCUCGCUUGUAUUGGGCAGACCUUAAAGCAAUGUUGUCAGAGAAACUGAAUACCAUAGAUUUCACCAGCACUAUCACGCAAUUGAAUCAAAAUACAUAUGCCCCUCGUGAGGCUGGGUCUCAGAAAGAUGAAAAUCUUGCCUAUUUUAUUGAAAAUCAAUUCCGUGAAUUUAAACUCAGCAAAGUCUGGCGUGACGAACACUAUGUUAAGAUUCAGGUCAAAGGCAGCCAUGUUCAAGACUCGGUGAUUCUAUUGAAUAAUAGCCUGGCAUACCUGUUGGAGAAUCCAGAGGGUUACGUGGCAUACAGUAAAGCAGCAACAGUUACUGGCAGAUUGGUUCGUGCUAAUUUUGGCACUAAAAAAGACUUUGAGGAUUUAAAUGUUCCUGUUAAUGGAUCUUUAGUGAUUGUUAAAGCUGGGAAAAUCACUUUUGCAGAAAAGGUUGCAAAUGCUGAAAGCGCAAAUGCAAUUGGUGUCUUAAUAUACAUGGACCAGGCUACGUUUCCCGUUCUUAAGGCAGACCUUGCAGUCUUUGGACAUGCUCAUCUGGGAACAGGCGACCCUUAUACACCUGGAUUCCCAUCUUUCAAUCAUACUCAGUUUCCUCCAUCUCAAUCAUCAGGAUUGCCUAAUAUACCUGUCCAAACAAUUUCCAGAGACUGUGCAGAAAAGCUGUUAGCAAAAAUGGAAAAAGACUGUCCUUCUAGUUGGAGAACAGACUCUUCAUGUAAGAUGCAAUUCCCAGAGAAUAUGAAUGUGAAGCUAUCUGUGAACAAUGUGCUGAAGGAGAUAAAAAUUCUUAAUAUCUUUGGAGUUAUUAAAGGCUUUGAAGAACCAGAUCGCUAUAUUGUAAUAGGGGCCCAGAGAGAUUCCUGGGGUCCUGGCGCUGCAAAAUCCAGUGUAGGAACAGCUCUUCUCUUGGAACUUGCCCGGACAUUUUCAGAUAUGGUUUUAAAAGGUGGGUUUAAACCCAGCAGAAGCAUCAUUUUUGCCAGUUGGAGUGCUGGAGACUUUGGAGCGGUUGGUGCCACUGAAUGGCUUGAGGGAUACCUUUCUUCUUUGCAUUUAAAGGCUUUUACUUAUAUUAAUCUGGAUAAAGUUGUUCUUGGUACCCGCAACUUCAAGGUUUCUGCCAGCCCUCUCUUAUACAGGCUUAUUGAGAAAACAAUGCAAGACGUGAAACAUCCACUUACUGGACUAUCUCUGUAUCAGGACAGCAAUUGGGUUAACAAAGCUGAGCAACUUUCCUUUGAUAAUGCUGCUUUCCCUUUCCUUGCAUAUUCUGGAAUUCCAGCAGUCUCUUUCUGUUUUUGUGAGAAUGGGGAUUAUCCUUAUUUGAAUACUAAUAUGGAUACCUAUGAUGUACUGAUUAAAGAAGUCCCUCAGUUGGACAAAAUGAUGCGAACAGCUGCAGAAGUGGCUGGUCAGUUCAUGAUUAAACUUACCCAUGACAUUGAGUUGAACCUGGACUAUGAGAUGUACAACAACAAACUAUUUUCAUUUGUGAGAGAUCUGAACCAGUACCGAGCAGAUAUAAAGGAGAUGGGCCUGAGUCUACAAUGGCUGUAUUCUGCUCGUGGAGACUAUUUCCGUGCUACUUCCAGACUGACAACAGAUUUCCAUAAUGCUGAGAAAACAAACAGAUUUGUCAUGAGGGAAAUCAAUGACCGUAUCAUGAAAGUGGAGUAUCACUUUCUUUCACCCUAUGUAUCUCCAAGAGAUUCUCCUUUCCGGCACAUCUUCUGGGGCUCUGGCUCUCAUACGGUAUCAGCUUUACUAGAGAACUUGAAAUUACGUCAGAAAAAUAAUGGUGCUUUUAAUGAAACUCUGUUUAGAAACCAGUUGGCUCUAACUACUUGGACUAUUCAAGGAGUAGCAAAUGCUCUAUCUGGUGAUGUUUGGAAUAUUGACAAUGAGUUUUAAACAUGAUACCCUUAACUUACGUAAGAACAUCAGGGUAGUUUGGUUUCUAGACUUGUGCUGGUUAUGCUAAAUUUUCAAGUAAGACUACAAAACCUAAUGUUAAAAUUCUACCCAGUCAUCUCGAUGCUACUAGAUGUCUUUAGGUGGCAGCUUUUAAUACAGGGUAGGAACCUGCAUUUCAAGUUAAAGUGAGUAACCACCAAAAAAGUUCAUGACAGAGUAUUUUCUCUGAUUAUCUUUAGAAUGUUAAGUGCUUUGUAAAGAUAACUGCCUCUUUGCAUUCUAAUUAGGAAAAUGUCAGAACCAGUUGCAUGAACUGUUGUUCUAAAUCCCAAGGACAGGAGCUGACCUGAGCUGGUGUCUUUUCUUUAUUCCCCCCCCACCACCCCACCCCUCUGUACUGGGGGUUGAACCCAGCUGUGGUCCACUGAGGAACCUUUUUUUUAUUUUGCAACAGGAUCUCAAAGUUGCCAUGGCUGGCCUCAAAUUUGCCAUCCUCCUGCCUCAGCUUCCCAAGUUGCUGGGAGUAUAGGCAUGCACCACUGUACCCAGCUGAGCUGGUAUCUUUUGAAGUGGAAGAAAGAAGGUAAUUUCUAGUGAAGGCUGGAAAUGGUAUCUUGGUGUGAUCCUUCACUUUCAUUUGAUGCUAAGAGAUACCAGAUUAUAGGAUCAUAUUCUCCAAAUGAGAUAUGCCCUUCCAUAAGGAUUUAGUUGGUUUCUGCAUCCCUGAACAAAACAGUUGACUUUCAGAAGACUUGUUUUCCCACUAAUGAAAUCUGAAAUAGGGAUCCUUUAGUUGGAUAGAAUGAGGUUCAACUGUUUAUUUCAGGAGUAAGGCCUUAAUGUGUUAAUAUUGUUUAAGAAAAGAGAAGACCAGAAGCCAAAGACUUAUAGUACAUUUUCUUUUCAUCUGACCUCUGCCCCCUGCCCCAUAGCCUUUGUUUCCUUCUUUGUUAUUUUUGUUUCUUCCAAAGUAUUCUGAAAGAGAAUCAGUUUUAGGCAUUUAAUUUCAGACUCAGUUUGUCAGACUUUUAAAAGAACACACCGCCAAUUUUUUGGUCAAAGUGUUAAUCUUUUGGGAAAGCUUUCUAUCGUUUUGGCACUGAGAUAUUUAUUGUUUAUUUAUCAGUGACAGAGUUCACUAUAAAUGGUGUUUUUUUUUUAUAGAAGAUAAUUAUCGGAAGCAGUGCCUUCCAUAAUUAUGACAGUUAUACUGUCGUUUUUUUUUAAUAAAAGCAGCAUCUGCUAAUAAAACCCAACAGAUACUGGAAGUUUUGCACUCAUGGUCAAUACUUGAGGGUGUUAGAAAAUAGCAGCAAGCCAAAUAAAAUUAUGAUGCUAAGUAUUGGAAAAAGAUUAAAUUUAAUUAGGGGUUGCUAAUCAAGACUUUUAUUUAGCUUACCAGAUAAAAAUGAUAUUUCUGCUAAAUGCAGUGAAUUGUGACCAAUUUAUAAAUAAAUGUUAUUUAAAGGCUGUGGUAGUAUUCAUAGAUACAAAAUUUUACAGCUCAAUUUAUGAAGGGUGUAAUUUAAAUUCCAAUUUUGCAAAAUUUCCAGUACCUUUAUCACAAACCUAACUCACAUUAUCGGGAGCAGUGUCUUCCAUAAUGUAUAAAGAACAAGGUAGUUUUUGCCUACCACAGUGUCUAUAUCGGAGACAGUGAUCUCCAUAUGUUACACUAAGGGUGUACAUAAUUAUCGGGAACAGUGUUUCCCAUAAUUUUCUUCAUGCAAUGACAUCUUCAAAGCUUGAAGAUAGUUAGUAUCUAACAUAUAUUCCCAAUUCCCUAUAACUCUUAGUUUAGUUGCAGAAACAUUUUGUGGUCAUUAAGCAUUUGGUGGUAAAUUGAACUGCUGUGAAAUAAAAUUAUUACUUCAAGAACAUUUUUUAAUUUAAUAUGGGUGUUUUUUAAUCUUUGUGGUUUCUCCAGGUCUUCUGUUUAGUGGGGUAGUAGCAUACAUUUAUAAUGUUUGCUGUUGACAAAUGAAUAUAACUUUAGCCCCUGAUUUGCAUGUUAUAUCCUAUAAACUUAAUUCAAGCAAGUUUGAGUUCAGAAUUGAUCUUAUGGCUUAAAGCUAGGGGAUCAUAGAUUUGGGGUUGGGAGGAGUCAAGGAUGUGGUGAGGCAAAGCUUGCAAAAAGAAUCUUUUUGAUCAUGUCUACAUACCCAUUAGUAUGGUGGGUUAUAAAUUAUCUAGAUAUGAACAAGUAAGUUUGAGAUUGCAUGAGUAAAAAGUCUAUUUUCUAGUUAGCCAUCAUUAUAAACCUGAAAAUCAAAUGUGUCAUAAGAUAGUUCAAAACUGUCACCUGAGAAAAAGUCCAUAGGGUCUUUUAAGGUUCUUAAACUUAGUGUCACUUACCAAAUUAUGGUAGACCUAGAUUAUUUUACAGUUGAACUGUUUCGCUACUCACGGUAUCUUUAAUCUUCACAGUGUUUUAUCUGGGACAUUUAGUGUAGCUAAAUGAAAGGUCAUAGCUGGGAUGCCUAGUUUGGGUAUUGUGCAUUAAUACUUUAAUGAAAGCUCAGUGACUUCAAGGCAUAAUAUGGAUAAAGGGCAUACAUUUUACCACAGUAAGUCUCUUCAAAUAAACUAACCCUUUUCUAUGAUUAGGGUUAAGUUCUUUCUAAACAGGCCAGCAAAUGGUAAGAGGUUCAACAUCCCUGAUUGAAAUGUGUGUCUGACUAGUGACAAUAGCAGCCUGAUGGUCUUAGGGUUUUUUGUUUUUUUUUCCUGCUUAAAUAUAUGUGCAUUAGAAAGGUAAAGGGUAAAUUGAGUGAGCUCUGUCAUGAUCCACUCACUAUUCUAGAACUUGCAUGACCUUUUCUGUGUUUGCUCUUUGAAUGUUCUUGAAAUUUUAGACGUGUCAGCCUACUGCUCAGCUUUGUAAACAAAUGACAUGCCCUUAUAUUAUAUACAAAUUGGUAUGUGCAACAAUGUGGAGAUUUAUCUGAUUUAAUAAAAUGCUUGAACACUGAA